AUGGUCGAGAGCGAUGAGCCGUCGGACCCAGACCGCUGUGGUGGUGGUGGAGGAGAAGGAGGUGGCGCAGCCCUCCAACAGUGCGAACUCAUCCAGAAUAUGAUCGAGAUCUCCAUCUCGAGCUUGCAGGGGCUUCGAACCAAGUGCGCCGCGUCCAACGACCUCACGCAACAAGAAAUACGCACUUUAGAGGUCCUAUGUGGCGAGCUGCGUGAGGACGGCGUGCCCUGGCUCUCUGAGCCAAUCAGGAGGGACAGCGGCUCCCUGCUGACCGCCGAGCAGCUGUGCAUCAUGGGAGGAGGGGGAGGGGCCCCCCUCGCCCUCCGCCCCCACAGCCCCUCCCCCCUCGCCCGCCCCUCCACCACGCCCUCCACCCCGUCCACGCCCGGCGGCGCCUGGCCCCCACCCCCACCCCCCCACCCCCACCACCACCACCCCGCGCUCCGGCUCCCGCGUCGGCCGCCGACGGCCACGCCCCCGCCUGCGUCUGCGGCGGGGACGGCCCCCCGGCGGCGGACCCCCUUCCCCGUGUGUCUGGCGCGCGCGGCGGCCCGCCUCCAGGGCCGCGCGGGCACGCCCCCCGCCACCCCGCCCUCGCGGCGGCGCCCGCGGCUGAAGCCCCCCUGCACGCCGCCGCCCCCCUCCCGGAAGGUGCUGCAGCUGCUGCCCGACAUCACGCUGACCCGCAGCAAGAGCCACGAGUCGCAGCUAGGCAACCGCAUCGAGGACCCCCCCCCGCCGCCACCGCCGCCGCCGCAGCCGCCGCCGCAACCGCCACCAACAAGGUAUCUGGCCCUCAUGCCCGGGAUUAGAGAGGUGGUGUCAGGACGUCCCGUCGGGCCAACGCCCGAUCACCGCGCUUAUCUCCAGACCGCGGGUCGACCCGUCACCUGUUGCACAACACACCUGGGCCCGGGCCAGGGAACGCUGGCCAGCUGA